ACAGCUCCCAAUCAAAGAGCGCACUGGAAGCGGAGGGGCAGCAGCCACCAGCUCGCUCCCCGCCUCCCCGACAGAGGCUCCUCCGUCGGCAUGGGGGUGACAGGUGCCAAUGGAUUUCCCUGCUGUAGCAAGGACUCAGUGGACGUUACGGAAACACCGAGUGUCAUAAACCAAGACCAGCAGGCACAAGAGGAAGACCAGAUGGAGAACGAAUUGCUAGAGCUGGAGCCCCCACGUGACAUGGACCUGGACCUAGGCUCAGAACUGGAGCUGGAGAUGGAUCUGGACGCCGAGGCUGUGCCACAGUUGGAACCGUGUCUGACACCCGAGUUCCAGCCCACGGCCUACCUGGAUGCUAACGUAGAGACCAACAGCGAAGACUCUGAGCAACAGGGGUACAGGAUAGAGUCCCUCCACCCUUACCCGGAGGACGAGGGGGGGCCAGCGCAGUGGGAUGCCACGCUUUGGAGUGAGAGCUCGCGCUCCAGCUGCCUGUGUUCCUUAGAAGAGGAAGAGGUGUCCACUGCCCAUCGCUCCAUCCACCUGCAGACCUCCAAGCACCUCUUCUGGGCAGACAAGCUCAUCCAGACCUCAGAACACAGCCUGCACCAGGAGAUCAACUUGCAGCAUGGCAAGAAGAGCACAGGUAAGACGACCAGCAACGUGAACCAGGAGCCCGACCCCACGGACACCCUGUGCUCUGAGAAGCAGCUCCAGAACCCCAGCACCCAGCCAGCAGGCUCCCAGCAGCCGCCAAGUGCCCACCCGUCGUCCUCCAGUCUCCCACCAACCAUCAGCCUGGCAGAUUUGAUCAGCUUAGCAUCUUCCGUGACCAUGGCCUCCUCCAGCACAAUGGACUUGCCCAAUUGGGAGCAUAUGAUGAAAGCUCCACCCCAGAAGACCACGGAGCCUUCUACAGCGCCCAUGGUGGAGAGGGCCACCCAGCCUGCCGAGGACAAGCCAGAGCGGAAAACGCUCUCUGAUUUGCUAGAGAGGCCACCAGAGAAACCACUGGACGCCGCAGAGCUGCAGAAAGUCAGGAAGCAGGAAGACGAGAACUUCUUCCACCCUUCCCCUGACUUUAGCAAGCCAGGGCUCCAGAGGGCCGCUAUUGAAGGGAACAUGAAGUUGCUUCCAUCCUCAACUGUGUCCCUGACACCGAAAGGAGACAGGAAAGAGUAA